ACCCUUUACAUCACACCAGCUACAUAACAGACCAACGCCUGAAUUAAGCGAGUAGAAUUUCCUUUUUAAAGAGAAGAAAAACCCUUGACAAAGAACUUUACUUUUCAAAUUUCCAAUCAAGACAAGAGGACACCUAAGGAUGGGAUCUGCUGGGGUACAGAUUGUAUGUGUGGCCCUUGGGAUCCUGGGCCUGAUCGGGGGCAUUGUGUGCUGUGCCAUCCCUAGGUGGAAAGUGUCAUCAUUUACAGGACAGAACAUCGUAACGGCACAGGAAACUGAAGAGGGCCUGUGGAUGACCUGUGUGGUGCAGAGUACUGGCCAGCAGCAGUGUAAGAGCUAUGAGUCCCUGCUGGUCCUGCCAUCUAACCUGCAGGCGGCCCGCGCCAUGACCAUCAUCAGCUGCAUGGUCACCUCCCUGGCCAUCCUCAUCUUGUUCGCCGGCGCCGACUUCACCACCUGCGUGGAGAAUGAGGACAUCAAGCCCAAGAUCAGCCUUGUGGCUGGGAUCGCUCUGUUGGUGUCUGGCCUCCUCCUCAUCAUCCCUGUCAGCUGGUCCGCCCACAACGUCAUCAGCAACUUCUACAACCCCCUUGUGGCCCAGAAGAUGGAGCUGGGAACCUGUAUCUUUAUUGGCUGGGCUGCUGGGGUGCUGCUGAUUCUGGCUGGAGGCCUGCUCAUGUGCUUCAGCAGAGCCAAAUCUGGCAGCUCGGGAGGAACCGCCAAGUACUACGGCAACAGCGCUUCAGCCCCCGCAGCAAACAAGAACUACGUCUAGUGCAUGUAUUACACCUCUGUAUGUUUGUAUGUGUGUAGAGAGAUAGUAUGAUGUACUACACCUCUGUAUGUUUCUAUGUGUGUAGAGAGAUAGUUUGAUGGAAAGGAAAUGGGUCAGACAGAAUGGAAACAAGAAAGGGGAGGGGUUUAAUCUUGAGGAUAAAGAAGGGACAUUAUGAGCAGAAAUAAUGGUUGUAAAUAUUGAAUAUUUCAAAAUAGUAAGACUGGUUUAGUUGUAGUUAAUCCAAGGGUCCAAUAUGGUGGUUCAAUUUAAAAUACAAAUAUAUGUUUCUUUUUUGGGGGGGACUAACUCAAUAUACAAUAAUAUACUACAAAUCGAAACUGUGUAGGGAUGAUGAUGUACCUACAUUCAUACAGUUUCUUAACUGUGUCCAACUCACUAAGAAUCACCUACAUGAAGGUUAGACAGUCAAGGAGCACCGGAAAUUCCAAAACGAUGGAUAGAGGAAAUUAUUUUACAAAUUGUGACUGCGAGGAAAUAUAACCAAUUUUCCGUGUGGACCUCGUUGAAGACCAAAUGCAGCCCCCGGGGCAGAAGGAGUUUGACACCCUUGUUGUAAUGUGUUAUCUCGUUGAGGUUUUUAAUAAUGGGUGACAUGCUCCUGUAAUGCCAUGAAUGAACAACAGAGAGCAAGGUGAGGGACUCAGUGGUCAUGCAUCUCCAAAUACAGGUAUAGUUAAAUGACUGUAUAUAUCAUUUACAUCCAUGAGAUCAAAACUAUUUUUCUUAUGUAAAUCAGCUUGUCUUUUACUUUUGUGUAUCAAAUACGUAUCAAAUAUGUUUU